AUGGCUGGCGAACAACCAUGUUAUACUAUUAUAUCAGUGCCGACGGACUAUGAAAUGCCCAAGGAUGAGACGCUCCGGGAGAAGUUUGAGAAUGGUAAGUUGUCUUCUUUGUUUUCGGAUUUUAGGUACUUUGAAAGAUUUGAAAUGGAUUGUAGAGGCUAUAAUUCAGUUUAUUGACUGCAAAUGGUAGUAUAUUUUUUUUUAUUAAAAACCAUAUUGUUACCUAUUUAUUUAUAGGAGAUCUCAAGGGUAAGCAAGAUGCCUUGAAGAAGCUAAUUUUGAUGCUCCAACAAGGCGAGAAACUGGCCCCAGGAAUGCUCAUGACCGUGAUUCGCUUCUGUUUGCCCAGUCCAGACCACACGCUGAAAAAACUGUUGCUGAUCUUCUGGGAGAUCGUGCCAAAAACGAGCAGUGAUGGAAAACUUCUUCAUGAGCUGAUCUUGGUAUGUGACGCUUACAGAAAGGAUCUUCAACACCCGAACGAGUUCAUUCGUGGAUCUACGUUGAGGUUUUUGUGUAAAUUGAGAGAACCCGAGCUUUUGGAGCCUCUGAUGCCCUCAAUCCGAAAAUGUCUUGAGCACAGGCACAGCUACGUCAGACGAAAUGCUGUUGUAGCUAUUUUUACGAUUUAUAGUAAGUUUUUGUUCGCUUUUAUGUGUUUAGGGUGUGUUUUUGGAGCCAAGCCUUGCAUAUUGAUGUUAAAUGUAAAAUUUUUGUAUUAAUUAUUACACCUUUUAAUGUAAAACUAAAUAUAAUCUUUACAAAUUUUUAGAGAACUUUGAAUUCUUGAUCUCUGAUGGCCCAGAAUUGAUUGCCAACUUCUUGGAGUCAGAACAAGAUGGAUCUUGUAAAAGGAACGCCUUCAUGAUGUUGCUGCACGUUGAUGAAGCCAGAGCCUUAGAGUAUUUGUCUGAAUGUAUAGAUCAAGUUCAUACUUUUACGGACAGUCUACAGCUUGUCAUUAUCGAGUUGAUCUACAAGGUUUGCCACAAGAACCCAACUGAACGGUCCAGAUUCAUCAGAUGUGUUUACAAUCUACUUCAGUCACAGUCUACAGCUGUCAAGUACGAAUCUGCAGCUACUUUGGUCACUUUGAGCUCUAUGCCUUCAGCUAUCAAAGCCGCCGCUUCAGUGUACAUUGAGUUGAUUGUUAAAGAAGCUGACAAUAAUGUUAAGGUAAAUGUUUGUUUGAUAUUUGGGUUUUAGGUAACAUUUGUUUGAAAAUAUGCGAUUUAUGUUUCAGUUUUUGGUAAAAAUCAAUAUGAACACACUUUUAAAGUGAUAUUGUUUCAGCUUAUUGUUCUUGACCGUCUGAUCGAGCUGCACGAGAACAUUCCAAAUGAGAAGGUGCUUCAAGACCUAGUUAUCGACGUGCUUCGCGUUCUGUCAGCUACUGAUCUUGAAGUAAGAAAGAAGAUUCUUCAACUGGCUUUAGACUUGGUUACCUCACGAAACGUGAACGAGAUGGUUAUGUUCUUGAAGAAAGAAAUCGACAAGGCACAGAACGAUGGCCAAGAGAACAAUGGAGCCUACAAGCAGUUGCUGGUCAGAACUCUGCACAGAACAACGAUCAAGUUCCCAGAUGUAGCUCAACAGAUCUUUCCGGUCCUCAUGGAGUUCUUGUCCGAUGACAGUGAGUUGGCCGCGAAUGAUGUAUUGGUAUUUGUGAGAGAAGCGAUUGGAAAGCUGGCUCACUUGAGGCCGGUCAUUUUGCAGCAACUUUUGGUAAGUUAUCGCUUUGGUAGUAUAAUAAUGUUGUUCAAACGUAUAUUAAUAUGGAAUUGUGCUUACGUUUUUUAAAAAUUAUGGAAACCGUGUUUUUCAUUGACCAUUAGGCUUAAAUAUCAAAUUUGUGACUAUGUUUUCUAGUUUCAUUUAAUUAAAAUAUGCUUUUUAGGAAGUUUUCCCAUUGAUCCGUAACGUCAACGUCUACAGAUCAGCUCUCUGGAUCCUCGGAGAGUUUGUGGACACUGGUGUAGCCGUCGAAAAGGUAUUCCAGGAGAUCAAGGACGGUUUGGGCCCAGUACCAUUCGUCGAAGAAGGGGAAGAGACUGAGCAAGUGGAGAAGAAAGAAACACAUCACAAAGAAUCAAAGCCGAAACAACUGGUCACAGCUGAUGGUACCUAUGCCACACAAUCAGCUCUGUCUACCGUGGCCAAGCCAGUCGAUGAUGACAAGCCAUUCAUAAGAAAACUCUUCUUUGAAGGCAAUUUCAGUAUUGCUUCUGUUUUGGCUACUUCACUCUCUAAACUUGUGUUGAAAUACAACCAGUUCUGUCAAAGUAAGUUAGUAUUAAGCUUUUUUCCAAAUUUAAGGUUUAUAUUUUGAUUUCUAAAUUUUAGGCAACAAUAUUUGUAAAAUACGUUUUUGCUAUUAGUUAUGAUGAUAAAUUAAAAUAUUUUUGUUUAAAAACGCUGUUUUAGAUACCACGAGUGUCAACAAACUGGCUGGUGAAGCCUUAUUGAUUCUGUCAUCAAUCAUCAGACUAGGAAGAUCGGAAAUCCCGGCCAAGAAGAUCACGGAAGACGACCUGGAUCGCCUGUCAACCAGUGUCCGAAUCAUCUCGGACAAAUGGCCAAGGGCUGAGGAAAUCCUGUUGGAAGAGUGCCGAACUUCAUUGGACUUGAUGCUGAAGGUCAAGGGGGACUCGGACAGACACGAGGAUGUCAACACCAAAAAGUCAAAGAUUAUUGAGGUAGAGUUUAGAAUUUUUUGGGUUUUAUUUGUGAGAAAUGGAAGCUGAAAUAUGAAAAAGUAUUUGAAACUUUAUGAAAACUUAGUUUUGAUAGUAUAAUUUGAUUAAAACGGCUUUUUUGUAAUUGAUCUUAAUACCUAAAAAUGGCUAAAAUUUAUGUUUCAGGCUGAUUCAACUAUCAAUUUUACUCAAUUGGCUUCUAAAGCCGGUGAAGUGACCGCCACAGCCAAUCUCUUCGAUCUAAGUUUGUCCCAAGCUCUAGGCACGGCUCCGAAAACAGCCAAGUUUGAUUUUGCAAGUUCUAAACUUGGCAAAGUCGAACAACUGGCUGGAUUCUCCGACGCAGUCUAUGCUGAAGCCUAUGUCAACGUCAAUCAGUACGAUAUUGUACUUGACGUCCUUGUGGUCAACCAAACCAACGACACGCUCCAGAAUUUGUCACUUGAGUUCUCGACUAUUGGAGAUUUGAAACUGAUGGACAAGCCGUCUCCAAUCACAUUGGCUCCAAAUGACUUUAGCAAUAUUAAGGCUACGAUCAAGGUUACAUCAACCGAAAAUGGAGUUAUUUUCUCGACCAUUUCCUACGAUGUUAAGGGUGCCACUUCGGACAGGAACUGUGUGUAUCUGAAGGAUAUCCACAUUGAUAUUAUGGUAUGUUGUAUCGUUUUAGAUAUUGUUUGUCAUCUUUUUUUUGGUUUAAAAUUUUUGGUAUGAAAUUUUAUGUAAUGCUUUCAGGACUACAUUGUACCAGGCCAAGUAACGGACACAGAGUUCAGGAAGAUGUGGGCUGACUUUGAAUGGGAGAACAAGGUCCCUGUCAAUACCAACAUCACAGAUCUUCGAGAGUACAUCGAGAACAUUGCCACCGCCACAAACAUGAAGUUGUUGACACAAGAAGCUGCUUUGGGUAAGAUAAUAUGGGGAUAAGAAGUAAAAUGGACCAAAAAGAUAAUUUGGGGGUGGUUUGUUUGCUUUUUUCAUUUUUGUCGAAAAAUAUAAAAAGGAUGUUAAUGGUUAAUAUUUUCAGCUGGCGAUUGUGGAUUCUUGGUUGGAAACUACUGUGCACACAGUAUAUUCGGUGAAGAUGCUUUGGCUAACGCUUCGAUCGAAAAGGCUGAUCCACUUGAUCCAAACAGUGCCAUUCACGGUUCGAUUCGAGUACGAGCGAAAUCGCAAGGAAUGGCAUUGAGUCUUGGAGACAAAGUAAGGAUUUUAUGAUUUGAAGGUUUAGAAAAGGCUAUUAUAAACCUGAAAGGUUAUAAAAACUUGUUUUGGAGUUUUAAAGUUAAUAUGAAAGGUUAAUUUUAUGUUUUAUAAGUUGGUUUUACUAUCUUAUAAAGAAGCUAAUAAUGUAACGUUAUUUUGACUUCCUUUCAGAUAACGAAUGCCCAAAAGAAGAAGCAAUCAGAUCAAGCCGCGUAA